UUUUGGUUGCCUGAGGGAGGCUGAUAUACGUAUACAUAUAUAUAUAUAUUCAUUGACUUACUUCAGCGAAGGUUCUCUCUUCAUUUCUCUGUUGUCUCUGUUAAUACAACUCAGAGCCCUGAAGAAAGCAUCUGCCUGCUUUCAAUCUUUGAAUCUGCUUUUAGCCUGCGGUUAGUGAUUUAGAUAUAAGGAUGGAAAUGGAUCUUAAGAAGGGGCCGCUCGCAGAUUCAUGGAGGAAGUCUUCUUCUCUCGAAAAUGAUUUACCAAAGAAAGUUCCCCCUGAUCACCAAUCUUUCACCACUUUCGAUCUCCAGCAGUAUCAGCAGAAGUUGGAAGAUCCUUCAGUUCAAGACUAUGUUAUGGGGAUAGAACCCCAAUUUUCGGAAUUUGGCCAACCUUCUGGAGCCGCAUCAUCAGUUAGUGGCAAUCCCAGUAAUAAAACCAAGAUCUCAGAUUGGCAGGAUGCUCAGAUGAAUGAAUUGCUUGAUGAAAGUAGAAAUCAAGAUUGGGAUCCAAGUGCAAUGCUGAAUAACCUUUCAUUCCUUGAACAAAAGAUCCAUCAACUCCAGGAUUUGGUUCAUUUGAUUGUUGGCCGGAGAGGCCAAAUCGUGAUUAGGCCUGAUGAGCUUGCAACUCAGCAACAACAACUUAUAACUACUGAUCUGACUUCAAUUAUUGCUCAGCUGAUUUCCAUUGCAGGUAGUCUUCUCCCCUCCAUGAAGCAAACCCUCUCCACGAAUACUUCCAUCGCCCAAUUUGGGCAGCUUGGUGGAAUGAUUUUUCCUUCAUCGCCAAACUUAAAUGGUGAUGCUCUUCCACAAAAUAUUAACGGAAGCAAGGUUUCUGAUCAGUCCAACCAUGCCGAUUUAACUGGAAGUUGCAAGACUGAACAGAAUUAUAAUGAAGAACAUGAGUCGAAAGAUGAAGAAGACGUGGAUGAAGGGGAAAACCUCCCCCCUGGUUCCUAUGAAAUAUUGCAACUGGAGAAAGAAGAAAUUCUUGCACCUCACACCCACUUCUGUACGAUUUGUGGGAAGGGAUUCAAGAGGGAUGCUAAUUUACGGAUGCACAUGAGAGGUCAUGGGGAUGAAUAUAAAACUCCGGCAGCACUUGCCAAACCCAACAAGGAGUCUAACUUGGAGCCAAUGCUUAUCAAGAGGUAUUCCUGCCCAUAUACUGGUUGCAAGCGGAACAAAGAUCACAAAAAGUUUCAGCCUUUGAAGACCAUUUUGUGUGUGAAAAACCAUUACAAGAGGACCCAUUGCGACAAAAGCUAUACUUGCAGUAGGUGCCACACCAAGAAAUUCUCAGUCAUUGCAGAUCUCAAAACACAUGAGAAGCAUUGUGGCCGGGAUAAAUGGCUUUGUUCCUGUGGUACAACUUUCUCAAGAAAAGACAAGCUCUUUGGACAUAUUGCUCUAUUCCAGGGCCAUACUCCUGCCAUUCCUCUCGAUGAAACUGGUAAAGGAUCAAUGAAUGGGCCUUCUGAUAGAAGUGAAGGCAAUGAAGCCACAAAUAAUGUUGGGAUGACCGGGCUCAACUUUGGCUCGAAUGUUCCUGGUGGAAGUGGAAUUCAAAACAGUGUUGAUGAUCCUGCCAGUAUUUUGUCACCAUUGACCUUUGAUACGAGUACUCUUAGCGGGUUUCAUGAGUUCCCACGACCUCCAUUUGAAGAUUCAGAAACUUCAUUUUCAUUCCUUCUAUCUGGAUCAUGUAACUAUCCUCGAAAGACUACAGGUAACUCAGGUUCCAAUAAUCUUGAUUAAAUUUGGUCAAGUUGAUGAUUUCAGCUUGGUGGCAGGGGUCCAUUGUUUCCUUUUGGCAUAGGCAUUUGUAUGGUAGAGUGACUCCUGGUAUCUGUAUUUCUUAUCCUCCAAUAAUAGUAUGUAUUGGUGCCAUCCUAUGCAUAA